UGCGAUGUUCCAAUCGCUUCCGUAUAGACUCAAUGGUUCAUUCUACCGUGAAGAAUGAAUUGUCGUCUGCGCUGAUAGGUAGAAUGUCCGAAAAAAAAAGUGGGGGCCUAGCGGGCGGCUUUAGUGGUGUAUAAAAUAUAUGUACAUUUGAUUCCAUUAGUCAUUCAGUCUUCAUCUUCGUCUCCUGAGUAUCUAACCUUCGACUCUUGCACUCGAUUUUGGGAAUAGUGUGAACAUGUUGACAAGGCUGGGUCUACAGUGCUGCCAACGCUACCAACACUGUGGUCAUGGAACUCGUUCUACGGCGUUGCCAACUAUCAAGGAAUCAAACAGAAUGAAAACGUACGCAAAAGUUGUGGCUUUUCUGCUUCUCGCUGGACUCAACGCAGCACACACUGUCAAUGAUUGGCUGUUCUAUACAGAUGUCAAAGACAUGGGGAAGGGUAUUGUAUACGGGGAGCCAGAUCAGGACGCGGUAAAGGCGCUCCUAGCAUUCAGCAUCAUUGGCACGCUCGCUUUUAUAUUUGAGCUCACAAAUCUUUGGCGGGAGUCCUUUCUUAAAGAUGGAGAAACGUCUUGGCUGGAUUCGGACCUACUGUCUGCGUUGGUCAUCUGGACUGUCGACAUCCCACAAAUGCUCAUCAGUUUUAGCUUGUGCCGGGAGGAGCCCAUCAGCGUGUUCCAGCUGGGCAAGGCUUGCGUCAUUCUAACAGGCAUCUCCGUCAGGAUCCUGGUCAGCUUGGUCAAGUAUUGCAACAAAAAUCACUCCCCUCACCACGUCAGCUAUAAAGUGUGCAUCAUGCUGGGUAUGGUCAUCGAGUUCGCAUUCGCCUUGGGCAUCAUUGUGCUGACCAAGACGAGACACGACGAUUCGGGCACCACCAGUGUUAGGGUGCCCACUACCAUAUUGGACGACCAGUUCAGCGACCAGCGCUACUUCGCCAACGUCAGUAUUUUUGGCAGCUCAGUCACGUCACCACGUCAACUAUAAAUCCUGCUUCAUGCUGGCAAUGACCAUCGAGUUCGCAUUCGCCCUGGGCACAUUUCUACUGAUCCAGACAGAACGCAACGGCUCGGGAACAGUCAGCUUCUGAGUCCCCCAGUUGGACGACCGGCGCUUCUUCGCAAAACGUCAGUAUCUUUGCCAGCCACGCCCACUUCUUCGACCAGAGAAAGUAUGACCAGGACAAAAAUGAUUCUGUGGUCGACUGGAUAAGGCUGACCACUAUCAACAAACUCAGGUCCAUCCGAACAAAGAGUUCAAACUUUAAAGAUCUAGUUCGAUCAGAUCACUAGCAUGCUUAAAAUUGUUUGUUUGUGACAACGUCGACAUCUCCAUACCGUCCAUACAAAAUGUGGCCAACACAACAAACGACCGGUCAACGCCUUCCAGUUCAGGUAGGAAGAGAACGGGUUGGACGGACUUUACUGGAUAUAUUAUUAUUAUUAUUACACGACCGGAUGUGGUCAACGUUAAAAUGAAUCCUUGCCCUCGUUCUCAUUGUUUCUAAGCGUCAUAGAAGGCCAGUAAAAAAACAAACAAACGUCAACACUAUAGCAAUUAAAAAAACACAUUGAUAUGGUAUAAACAGGUUCUUAUCUUUACUUUAGACAGAAGAUACUUAGCACAUGUUAUGGACAUCUAGAUAUGUACAGACUACACCGUAAAACAAAAUUGUUUCGUAAAAUAAUAAAUAAAAAUCCAUUUUGUUUUUGUUUUCCCAAGUCAAAGUACUAAUAAUGUUUAACACUUGCCAAAGAAAACCUCGCCUUCUCCUCGUCAGUCGCCAAUGUAGACACAUAAUUUGUGGGUGCCUAGGACCUAGUGUUGACAGUUUUCACUGAUCUAUCGGUUGUCUAUUGUCUAUUAUUAGUUAGUUUUUAAAAGGAGAAUUUCCCGAACAAGGGAAGCAACUGUCUAUAGAAAAAUUUAUGUCAUGUUUUCCAUAUGUUAACUCCCUUUUGAAGAAGAAUUACCUACAACAGAUGAUUGCCGCUUCGCUCGAUCUAACCAGCAACCAAGGCCUUCCAAGAAAUCUCCUAAUGGAAUAUAUUCAGUCCCACUAGUAGUGAUCCAUUCCCUCAAUGUGGUAGACCACCUGGAAUAUCUGGGAAGUACGGCACCCAACGACGCAGAGCUCUCGAGAGGCAUAGAUCAUCUUCUCAGUAAAGAUACAAAUCUCUUUCAGCCACUUUCAAAUGAGAAUGGGAUGAAAUAGAUCACGUUCCGUUUGCUAACAUAAAUCCCGAUUUAAUAUAAGGCUUGCAGUUCGAGUCCAAAAAAUUAUUGAGGAAUGCAGUAUUUCCUAAUCGAUAAUUAUGAACUGGAACCAGCCAGCUGAAUGGAAUUAGCUAGUGACAGUAGCGACAGUUGGUCACUAAGCUGGCCACAAAGCACCCUUAUUAACUGUUGUAAAGUAAAAUAAAGUUCCCCUUUCAGACCUUGUGGUCUAUAGAGCAGAUGAUGUAAAGGUCAUCUGAUUCUGUGGCCUACGGUUAACGAGGGUGUUAUGUGGCCAGCACAACAACCAACCGCCUUUACUUUUCCCCAACAAAUGUCAGGUACCCAUUAGAGCUGGGUGGACUCGGAGGCGCCCAAGGAUCCCGAACUAAAAAUCCCAGUCUUCACCAGGAUUCGAACCCGGGAGCCCCGGUUCAGAAGCCAAGCUCUUUACCCCUCAGCCACCGCGCCUCCUUUAUUAACUGUUGACUAAAUAUUAAAUAAAAUGGUCAUCUUUUCUUUCUUUCUUUCCUUUUUUUUUUUGUUUUCAACAUUUAGAUUCGCAUUUCAUUUGGAAACUGAUGCUCAGUAAAGAAAGUUUAACGAACUGAAGUUCAGCAGGCAUGUGAAUACAAUCUACUCGACUACUUCGUACUUUACACGAAAAAAGGCAUACGUGAAAGAAGUGUCUGUGAUUGAUGCAACGAAAAGUUCAAGGGAAGCAUUUUGUGUUAUUAUUGCGAUUAUACGCGUAUACUCAUCAUUCUUAACAAAGCGCGUAUCCUAGCAACCGAAAAAGCAAUAUUAGGAUGUCACACAUUUUUUGGUUUGGUAUCUAUCGAGUAAUUCAAAGAAUGCUAAAUAAUUGAAGGGAGAUCAUUUUUUCUUUAAAGCAGCUUUUUCCAAGCUGUGUUCCGCGGAACCCUAGUGGUCCGCGAGGCCUGAAUAGGUGUUCCGCGAACUACUGGAGUAAUUAACUAGUAGGCCAAUCAAUCUCUUUAAAAAAAAAGAAUAAGCAAAGUGUUCUGCGAAAUACUCAAAAUGUACGAAAUGUUCCGUUAUGGAAAAAUUUUGAGAAACACUGGUCUGGAGUUUUGUUUAGACUCGGGGCUCUGGAGUAUCAAUAAUAAUAUUGAGUAUUUGGAAAUUCAGUUCAGUUGAAUCUAUUUUAAUAAUCCCGUUAUUCGUUAUGCCCCUCCCGCUCCCCGCCCCUGUAUUUAAUAGUGAGUGUGAGUAAAGUUAACUAUUAGUGAUCUGUUAUUGAUUUUUUUCUGCACAAAACGUUGUGCUACUGAAUAUUAUUCCUGGGCAAUACAUGUUUAAAUUACUCAUUACUAAAUUGUUACAUUCCUUUGUGUGUAUAUAUAAUAUAUGCAACCCCCAUACUACAUAAAAUGUUUGUAAUAUUAUUUGUUGUCUCCCUUGUUAUCAAUUUUAGUUUAUACAAAUUGUUCUUAUUGUGUAGUGUCAAUCUUAAUACAAGCACAUUUUUUUUUUCCAAAAAACUUAAAAAAACAACAACACUUAUAUUAAAUGUAAUUGUAUCAAAUAGUCUCAUGUACAUCUGUAUACAUAAUAAAUAUGUGCGAUUAGAAAUAUUUUUACCAAUUGUUUUGUUCUAGCUUUCAGCUUUCUCAAUGCGCUAUGAUCCUAUCACCUGUCUGGACCAGUUGUCAAAAGGGUUAUUUUAAACGCAUAAAAAAAAAAGUUCACUCAAGGGGACUAUUUAUACUUAUACCACCACAUCUGUCAAGCAUCGCCUUAUUCAAGAUAACUAACAAACAAAUAAAAAAAACAAAUACUUUAAUUAACUAAUUGUUGUUUUUUUUAAAUUGAUUCUUGUGUUGUCAAGGAAAAUAAAUAACUGUGCAAACUUUAAGCUUAAUACGAGAUUGGGUGUCGGAGAAAUAUCGUGUACAAACUUUUGACCAGACUGACAAAUCGAGUUGUAAAAAUGGGGUCGUAUUAGGAACCUCUGUGUUUGUGGCUUAAAUCAUUAGUGAUAACACAACAGCAUCCGCAUACGUAGCUCAGCGCCACAUUUGAAGAUCUAAUACGUACAUUUUCAAUUUUUUUUAUAUUUUUUUUACAUACAAAGCUUAUAUCAACUUACUCAGAAACCAUUGGUAACAAGAAAAACAUUAUUACUAUAAAAACAACAACAACAUAAAAAUAUAAGUUUACUUUAAGCGUAGAUGUAUGAAUUAUUUUGGAUCAAUCAUGUAUUUUAAUAAUAAUAAUAAUAAUCGCAAGAUAUUACCAGAUAGCCAGCCACCGCGUGAAUCAAUCUCUUAAAAAGAGAAUAAGCAAAGUGAUGUGCUAAAUACUCAAAAUGUACGAAAUGUCCCGUUACAGAAAAACUGUGAGAAACACUGGUCUAUAAUUUUGUUUAGACUCGGGGCUCUGGAGUAUCAAUAAUAACACUAAGUAGUUGGAAAUUCAGUUCAGUUGAGUCUGUUCUAAUAAUCCCGUUAUUCAACUUCAAUAAUAAUAAUAAUGGCAAGAUAUUACAACUUUAAUUACAAGA